AUUACACGUCAUUCAAAAUUCUAUGUAAGUUUCAUUGCUUAUUUUAUUUAUUUUGCUGUGGUUUUUGUAAUUUUAUUUUAUUUCCGGGCUUUGUUGUAAUCUGUGAUAUAAACGCAUAAAUCACGUUGUAAAAAUACUACCGUAUCAACUGAUGAUAUGGCCCUUUCUGCGGCAUCUAGAAUUAUAAGAGUUAUGGGUCAGACCCUCUCGGAGCCGGUGACCGAGAAGCAGUCCACAACAUGCCAGGAUUCACGCUUCCUCAUCGGCUCGUCAUGCAUGCAGGGCUGGCGCGUGUCUAUGGAUGACUCUCAUACGCACAUACUAUCGCUGCCAGAUGACCCCGGGGCAGCGUUCUUCGCAGUCUACGAUGGACAUGGAGGAGCAAACAUAGCGGAGUAUGCCGGCAAACAUCUUCACAAGUUCAUCACGGCGCGCCCGGAGUACCAUCUGGGGAACAUUGAAGAGGCUAUGAAACAGGGGUUCCUAGACAUGGACCAGGCUAUGUUGGAAGAGGACAUGCUCCAAGAGAAGGUGGCCGGCAGCACUGCCGUGGUGGUCCUGAUCAAGGACAGCACUCUGUACUGCGCCAACGUGGGCGACUCUAGGGCCAUAGCGAGCGUCGGUGGCGCGGUGGAAAUGCUAUCAUACGACCACAAGCCGAACAACGAGGAGGAGCUCCGCCGUAUAACCGCGGGCGGCGGCUGGGUGCAGCUCAACAGAGUCAACGGCAACCUGGCGCUGUCGCGCGCGCUCGGCGACUACGUCUUCAAGCGGAACUACAGACUGUCGCCGAGGGAUCAGAUCGUCACUGCGUAUCCGGACGUCCAAGUGAGGCAGCUGAAUGAUGAUUGGGAGUUCAUCGUGAUCGCUUGCGACGGCAUUUGGGAGGUGUUGUCCAAUGAGGAAGUGGUAUCAUUCUGUCGCGUCCGCUUGCUAAGCGGGUGGGAGCCGGCCGCCGUGUGCGAGGCGCUCAUGCAGCGCUGCCUCGCGCCCAACUGCGCCACCGGCGGCCUCGGCUGCGACAACAUGACCGUGCUGCUCGUCUGCAUCAAGCCCUUCCCCAGCGCGCACCCGCACAUACCGGAAUCCCUACCAGCACCUGAGCAGCUAAGUAGUAAGUUUAUGACUAAAAUGGAAGACCUUCUGUACGUCGAGGACGACGAAGAAGAUUUAAAAUGAAGAGGCAACAGUCUUAGUGUAAAUGUGUACAUAAAUAGAGUAUAGUUGAAGCGUUACAUACGUUUUGUAGGUUUUUGAAUCCGGAAACACAAAAAUUUUGGUACUUAUUUAUUUAAAUUUAACCGUAACAAUAUUAAAAAUCCGAUUUUAUGUAGUUGUAUGUGAAGACACGUUAAGUUUGCUAAAUAAUAAUUAGUACUUUAGUAAAGAAGUCCAAAUAAAACUUUUGCCCCUCUAAAAACAUUAUUUGUGCGACUACAUAGAGUCGGAAUGUGUUCGACUGUACAAAUAUUAAAAAAUAUAAUUAACAGUUACAAAGCAGCACCUCUUGCAUUUAGAAUGAACGUUGGCAUAUAUAGAGGCAAGUUGAAGGUAAGUACACAGCACGAGAUACUAUACGCAAAUCUGCAAAAACUGAUGGACACAUAAUGAAAUAUGAAACGUCUCUGCAAUUUUACUACUGGUUACCUACUGGUUGCACCCAGUGGCGGAUUUGCAGUCUUUGCCGCCCUAGGCCCCGGGCCCUAUACGAGCCCCGAUGCACAUGUUUUCGUCUAGUGAGACCAUUUUUUGAGGUUCUCGCGUUUGUUCAAAAAUAAUGUUUUUGUUUAAAAAUUACUAAUAUUUAAUGCUUAUACUAAUGUAAUUUAAUUUUAUAUGGUAAUACUCUGCAAUAACUAAAUCCAAAUACAAGAAAUACCG